AAUUAUGGGUUUCCAUAGUUUAUAGUUCCUAUUUAAUUUUGAUGACGUUAACAACAACCGUAAAUCGUUCUCCCUAGGAAUUAUAAACAAUAUGGCGUCCGCAAGCACGACCAGCAGCAAGAAAUCUGAAAGAGAACGAUUAAAAAAUGAGCUUGGGGAAGCAACAGAGAAAGGGGAUGUGGAUAAAGUCAAAGAGAUUCUAGAGAAAGUGACCGUCUCAGAUAUGAAGAUAAAAAGAGAAGGGCUUGGUAAAUCCCCAUUACUGAUAGGCUGUACUUACGGUCAGAUUCCUGUGGUUGAAGAAUUUCUUCAGUCCGGAGCAGAUCCUUUGUCACGUAUGUCAAAUGGCAGAACAACAUUACACGAGGUGUGUGUUGGCGGUCACCACGAGUGUCUGAGCCUUCUCCUAAAGUACACAGAUAAAGUCAAUGUCAAAGACAGAGAUGGCCAAACACCAGCUCACCUUGCAGCUUUCAACGGAGAAGUGAAAUGUUUACGGAUACUCUCAGAAAAUGGUGCCAAUUUAGUAGAUGAAGACUAUAAAGGGAGACAAUGUGCUCAUUUAGCCGCUAUGAGGAAUCAUAAGAAGGUGUUACAGUUUCUGUUUGACCUUGGAGUUGACCUUGAUUGUAGAUGUGAGAAUGGGAAGACACCUGUGCACUAUGCUGCUCAAUACGGAGCGUUGCAGUGUCUUAUUUUACUUGUUCAACGAGAUUGUGACAUUACCCUUGGAGACAAUAAUGGCUACCUUGCCUUACACCACUGUGCCAAGAACAAUAAAGUAGACUGUUGUAGAUUUUUAGUUAAACAAGGGACAUCACUAGAGGCCACUCAGGCAGACGGCAAAACCCCAGCUCAUGUGGCAGCGCUUAAUGGUGCAAUAGAUGUCUUACAUUGGUUGCUUGAUAAAGGUGCUGAUCCGAACAGUCAAGACUAUUUUGGGAACACUCCAGGUCAUUAUGCCAGCGAGGGAGGGUUCCCUAACUGUUUAAAUUGUUUCCUGCAACAUGACGGAGAGAUUGAUAUACAGAAUAUUAAAGGUGACACACCUCUUGAUACGGCUAAAAAGUUUGGCCACCCUCUUCUAAUGGAAAAAGGAGUAAAUAAUGAAGACCCUUGUCCACAGUGUUUCCAGAAAUACAAGAAGGUACAAUGGGACACAUUACACCCACCUGCUAAAGUGGAGAGGAAUAUAACAAAUGCUGGAUCAAGUGCUUAUAGGAACCCAGUGCCACCUGGACAAAAAAUGCCCACACAGCUGCAGCAAAACUUAAUGAAACAUGAGGCACGGCGUAAGAAAGAAGCCCCCAAGAAAGUAGUGCAAGAUAGAGAUAUGGCAUCAAAGUUUUACGGAGAACAUCUGGAUCCGAAUGAACUGUUUAAAUUUAGAAUGCCCGAAGGAAAGGAGCAAUCCCUUCAUCUGUAGGGGGCCCCGUAAUGUUGAGAUUAUAAUAACAAUAAGAUAAUAUCACAUUUUGUGUCCCUAUAAGUAAGUUUGACACAAUUAUUCUGUCCCUACAAGAUAAUAAAAACCCACUUUUUUACCCUAUAAGAUAAUAAAGUACAUUUUCUGUCCAUUUAAGUUAAUAAAGUACAUUUUCUGUCCCUAUAAGAUAAUAAGGUACAUUUUCUGUCCCUAUAAGUUAAUAAAGUAUAUUUUCUGUCCCAGUAUGUGAAUGAGAUAUAUUUUCUGUCCCUGUAUAAAGUUAAUGAAAUAUAUUAACUUCUUGGGAUGUGUAUGGGUUGUGAGGGAGGGUGUUGGGGUGGGGGAUGGGUGUUACAUACAUGCAUUGAUUUACAAUAUAUGGUACAUGUAUUCUGUCAAUGACAAGAUGACCAUUUAACAACUGUUAUUAUAUUUUUAGCUCGACUAUUCGAUAAUAAUAAGUAGAGCUAUUGUAGUCACCCGAGCGUCGGCGUCUGCGUCGGCGUAACCACUUAUGUUAAAGUUUUUGUAAUAGUUCAAAUAUUUUCAAAGUCCAUUAAAAUAUGGCUUUGAAACUUUGCACACUUGUUCACCAUCAUUACCCCAACCUGUAGACAGGAGGAGGUAACUGUAUCAAGCAUUUUGACAAAAUUAUGCCCCUUUUUCGACUUAGAAUUUACGUUAAAGUCUUUGUAAUAGUUCAAAUAUUUUCAAAGUCCAUUGACAUAUGGCUUUGAAACUUUGCACACUUGUUCACCAUAAUUACACCAACCUGUAAAACAGGAGGAGGUAAUUGUAUCAAGCAUUUUUUUUUACUAUCAAGCACUAAGAAUAGUCGAGCGUUGCUGUCCUACCGACAGCUCUUGUUUCAAUACAGGUGACUUAAUGUGGUAUAAAAAAUGUCAGCUAAUUUUCAUUAACCCAUAAGCACACUAAAUAUUUAUUGUCAAUCUUUUAAUAUGGACAAAAACCAUUAAUAAUUUCAAAGUAUGUACUGAUCAAAUAACAAACAGUGAGGGACCAUGAACAGAUAGUAACAGACAGUAUGAAUGUGUCGGCUGAUCUUGGUCGGGAUUUAGUUGCAUGCGUUGAUUCUGUGGUUACAAUAGCAAAAAAUUGUUCAUUGCUACAACUUUUCAUCGUUCAUUUAGAAGUGUAUCAGAUAAUCAUAAAUAUUUAUUUGAUAAUUUAAGGUAGAACAAACAAGUGAUGAGAUAUGCUAUUUGUGUUUUUAUAGUGAAAGUUACAUUGUAAUACUAUCACAAAUAACAAUUAUAAUAUAUUGUUAAUUUUUCAUACAUAUAUUUCAACAUUUUGAACUUGUGAUAUCUAAUUUUGACCAUACUAUUUAGGUUUCUCUGUGAUAUUUCCAGAUUUUGCACUGUAUAAAUCUUUCUUUUCUGGAUUACCUGAAUGCUGGUAUUUUCUACUAAGAUCUUUGUGAAAGUAUGUCCAUUUUCUAUGAAGAUAUGAAGAAUUUUUCUUUUGUAUUGUUUGUUAUAUUAUUGUAAAGUUGGCAUAAAUUUUGAAAUUGUGAUUUUUAUGUUAUUUAAUUUUGAAUUUUGUACAGCUGUCAUUUCAAGAUUGUUUCAAAGUGGGUCUAGUAGUUUGUUUGUUCUUAAUUUUAGGGCGCACCAAUAUCGUAUAGGCCAUAUGGUCCAGAAACAAGUAAGAUGAUUUUGACUAACUUCACGUGUUACUUAUUUCUAAGCAACACCAGGUGUCAAAACCACCUUACCUGCUGGAGCUUAGAGAUGCAUAGACCCCAGUUAUUAGAACCAAUUUAAUUGCCUCUUAUGAUCACCUAGGGAUAAGUGGUGGCUGCAAUUCUUAUGCCGCAACAAGCCCUCAGCCACAAAGGGUUAACUUGCCGGUUUGUGCUCAAACAAUGCACAGAGGGGGGCACAGGAGGUCUUCUUCCAUUAGUUAAAUGGGAAUUGGCUAUGUCAUCUGUAAUGUGUCUGAGUGAAUUAACCCUUAACCUGUUUGAACUGAAAAAUGGUUACUGGUAUUUUGAAAUCCCUUUAGAUUAAAAUGGACUGUUCCUCAUUCAAAGCAGGGCAAGUCCAUUCCACAAAUUCAGCAGGUUAGGGAUUAAAAUAUGUUUAAGGGGGGUAAUUUGAUUGAGCUUAUGACGAUUUUAAAUGAAUAUGUAUAUUCUAUCAUCGUAAUAUUUGCUCAAAACAAAAUAUUGUGAUAUUGUAAUACUUUUACUUGUCCCCUACCAGUUUAAUCAGGGGGACUUUAGGUUUAUUGUACAUGUAAUUGCAUAUUUAUAAGUGAUGUAUUUUGAACUAAAGUUGUUAUUGUUGUUGAAAAAACUGGUAUUCUAUGUCAGAAAUAUCUAUAUUUAUGAUUUUAUUGUAAUAAAAGUGAAAUGAC